AUGGAACCAGAACAGUUAUGCGACGCGGUUAAUUUUAUUUUAUCCCUGCAGAAUAGAAAUGGUGGAUUUGCUUCCUACGAACUCACAAGAUCUUAUGCAUGGCUGGAGAAAAUAAAUCCAACUGAAACAUUCGAAGAUAUCACCAUUGAUUAUCAGUAUGUAGAAUGCACAUCAGCAGCGAUUCAAAGCCUCACCUUAUUCACUCAACGAUAUCCGCAGCACAGGAAGGUGGAAAUAGAGACCUGCAUAGCUAAGGCUGCAAACUUCAUCGAAAGUGUACAGCUAGCUGAUGGCUCAUGGUAUGGAUCAUGGGGGGUAUGCUUUACAUAUGGGACAUGGUUUGGAAUAAUUGGGCUUAUAAGAGAAGGUAAGAGGUACAAAGAUAGCAAAAGCAUUAGAAAGGCAUGUGAGUUUUUGCUUUCAAAACAAGACAAGGUUUGUGGUGGCAUACCUGCAUCAGAGCUUUCACAGUAUCUAUUUCUUCUAUACAACAAAGAUGCAACCCAACACCUUUUUGAAGUAUCAGCAGGACUUGAUUCUCUUGUAAUGGGAGAAGGUCAGAUCCUUGCACAAGUCAAGCAAGUUGUGAAAGUGGGACAAGGAGUUAAUGGAUUUGGAAGAAACAUCAGUGGAUUAUUCAAGCACGCAAUCACCGUCGGUAAAAGAGUCCGAACUGAAACCAACAUUUCGGCCGGAGCAGUUUCUGUGAGCUCGGCUGCGGUCGAGUUGGCAGUGAUGAAGUUACCUGAUCAAGCCUCACAUGGAAAUGCAAGAAUGCUAGUUAUUGGAGCUGGCAAAACACUUAGAUCAUUUGCUUCUGGUAGUGAAACAAACAAACGUUGCAUGGAAGAUGCUGGUGUUGUUGACUUCUUAGCUUCUACUGUGGUAAACAAUAGUUGCAACAUCGAUUCCGCAUCUUUAUUAUUGUCAGAGACUAAUGUUAAUCUGGUUGAUGAAGCAUUAAGCAUACUUCAUAACCUUCAUGUAUCUGAAGCUGGAUUGAAGAAUCUACUAGCUUUCAAAAAAGGUCAAUUUAUCGAGUCCUUAACAAAAGUUUUACAGAAAGGUUUCUUUGAAUCAAGAGCUUAUGCAGUUUUCUUGCUUAAAUCUAUGACAGAAGUAGCUGAACCAGUGCAGUUACUUCAUCAAAAAACCGAUUUAUUCGUGGAACUGGUGCAAGUUUUGAAGGAUCAAAUAUCACAAAAGGUAUCAAAAGCAGCCCUUCAGACACUAAUUAUCCUUUGUCCAUGUGGAAGAAACAGAAUCAAAGGUGUUGAAGCAGGAACAGUUCCUGUCUUAAUAGAGCUUCUGUUAGAGAAUUGCAAAGACAUAAAACCAAAUGAAAUGAUGUUGGUUUUAUUGGAAUGUCUCUGUCAGUGUGCAGAAGGAAGAGCUGAACUUCUGAGACAUGGUGCAGGAAUGGCUGUUGUAUCUGCGAUCCGCGAUGAAAUAAACGAUGUCGAGAUAAUCUACAAACUGCUUUCUGAUAUGCUCGAAUGCGUAGGCGAAGCGGAUGUAGUUUUCACAAGCACGACAUCAGAGAAUCCUUUGAUUUUAAAACAACAUGUUAAGGAACUUCCUUUCGCAAGCGAAGAAAUGGGACAAAAGCGCCUCUUCGUCGAUAUUUCUAUUCCGAGGAACGUAGGUUCGUGCAUCGAUGACCUCGAAUCAGUCAAAGUUUACAAUGUCGACAACCUUAAAGAGGUAGUGGCUGCUAACAAAGAGGACAGACUGAGAAAAGCAAUGGAAGCACAAGUGAUCAUCGGCGAAGAAUCGGGCCAAUUCGAAGCAUGGAGAGACUCGUUAGAAACUGUUCCUACUAUCAAGAAAUUGAGAGCUUAUGCUGAAAGGUUAAGGAUUGCUGAGGUUGAGAAAUGUUUAGGUAAAAUGAGUGAUGAGGAUAUAAAUAAGAAGACACAAAAAGCAGUGGAUGAUCUUGGUAGAGGUAUAGUGAAUAAAAUGCUUCAUGGUCCAAUGCAACAUUUGAGAUGUGAUGGGAGUGAUAGUAGGACUUUGAGUGAAACACUUGAGAAUAUGCAUGCUUUGAAUAGAAUGUUUGGUCUUGAAACUGAGGUUUCUGUUUUGGAGCAGAAGAUUAGAGCUAAAGUGGAGCAAAAACCAUAG